CUAAUCUCGUGCUGCCGUGUUGUUCAUUACCAAAAACAGACAUCCAUUUUUGCAAGGCGUGAAGGUAUAAUUUUGUGUUUGUCCUCGGUCGUGCAUUAUGCAUGCAGCUUUAGACAUGAAAGUAACGCAAGAUGAACCAUUCGCUACAAAAUACUCGUAGAUAUUAUACUAUAGAUAUCAGCAGCUACUGGCAUAAACACAUUGUACCGACCUAGCUUCCUGCACUCGAGGGAAAUAACACGUACGCGGAUAAAGGUACAAGAAUACCCACCACGUAGAAGAUAUUUAAUGCGUGAGACUGGCAUAAUGACGCGCCAGGCGAUCGUCAGGUCAUCGCGUGACGUAGAGAGGGUCAAGCGGCGACUGUUCUACGUCAAUAAUGGCAUGUUCACGGAAACUUCCUUUUACCUGGAUGUCCGGAGUAGCCGUGAGGCGGCGCUGCUGGAGCGAGGAAUCCGUCAGCUUGGCGGAAGAGUGGAGCGUUUUCUGUGCAAGCAGGUCGGUUACGUCAUUACUGACAAACCAAUCGCGAACGAUUACGAUGACGCCCGAGAUGGUAGUCAUGACAACCGCGCUUCACGUGGCGGACAGUCGGGUCAGCUGAAGGCUAAAUCAGCCACGCGAAGCUCAUCCCGGCAACAUCGGCUGGCCAGUCGAGGACAGGCGCUGCUCGAAAGAAGCCAGGUCAGCGAGAACAAACAUGGCAACUGUGACGUCAUCGCCAAAGCGCGGGCACUCGGCAUAAAGAUCACGAGCGUCGAGGACGUGAAGAAGCUGUUGCGCGAGAACCUUGACGAUGCUCGACGUCAGGCUGACGUCACGGGUCACGCAGAGGUCGACGGCCGCCGCGAGCAGACGAACCGGAUGGACGAGCGGAAGUCGCAGUGCGUCGACGCGAACCCGCUAACGGGAGAGUUCGUAAAGUGCGAGGACGCCGCGGGAACGUGGCGGCCGUUCUAUCGCGAGUUUCCAAACAAGUGGCCGUCUCUGGCUCCCAAGAGGAGGUUCAAUAUGGCGACCGCGAAAAAUUCCGGCGUGAGAGACACAGCUGAGCGGAGAGGAAGCCAAGUGUCUGUAAUACCUAUUGACAAGAGGAAGCAGAGUCAGUCCGGAUAUUGCGAAUGUUGUGAUAGUAACUAUAGCAACUUGGCGUUACAUCUACGCGGAACGAAGCACCGGAAUUUCGCUCAGGUCGAGUCGAACUACGCAUGCGUGGAUAACGUCAUACAUAAAGUUCAAAGCUUUGGCUCAUUUUUGGAAGGUUUACGCGAGAAAAACGGUUACUCCUCUUUUUCCGAUGCCGCCAUAGAAGACGGAAAUUCUCUCGGGAAAUCGUCUGUAGUCGCAGCGAAGUCGGUGAGCGAGGGAAACGAAGCGGGCGGUGCACCUGGGCAGGAGCUCGCAAGGUCUCGACCGAUGGAACUCAAAGAUGGUGGUGUGCCGGCAAGUGUUACAAACGCCACCGAUAAACGUGGCGGAUGUUAUCGAAAAAUCCAGUGGACCGACGGUAAACUUCAAACCAACGAUAACGAUAAUAACGUAACUCGACCACAAGCGAAACAUCCAAUAGAGGACGGCCAGAACAUCUUCUCAAAAGCAAUUGACGCUGCACCGAGUGACAAAAUGGCGGUUAAUUGCGUAUCUGAUGACCAGCUGACCAGAGAUGACCAGCAAACUGGACGCGGUAGGAGUAACGUUGGACGUGCUACUUGUGUAGCAGAUCGCACUACUGACGAUUUUAGACGCGCCAAUGAUCACGUCAUACGCGCUACUGAUGACGCAAUACGAUCUGCCGAUGGCAUUGGAUGUGGUGCUGAUGACGUUGCGCGCGAUAGUUCGAUGUUUGUCGUGAAACCGAGUCGUAGAUGGCCGACUCGCGCAUCCUCAGCUCGGGCGAGACCAGAACUCCGACGCUACACGGCCAACUAUGAUCUGAGGCGACCGUCUAAUCAGGAGAUCAGCGUGUUUGACGUCGAUGAGUCAUCCCACGCGACACGCGACAGUAACUACGACGAAAGUGAUGACGUAUUCGGGGGAGCGAGCAAUGACGUACGUUGUGACGUUAGCGAAACGGACGAUAGCGAGGAGCGCGGCAGAAUUAGCCUCAAUCGCAGACGAACGUUCAACGCGAACACGUCGACGCUACGCCGACGUUUCCGUGACGCAUCCGCCGCGUCAGAGCCUGCGUCAGAGCUUGCGUCCGACCCUUACGUCACCGAUGACGGCAACGAUAGCACUUCUCCGUGGGAGGUCACCAUCGCUGCUCCGGAAGUCCUCCGAUUUAGUCGACUUUCGAGAUUUGGUCACCAGGGAAAAUCCGCCGUCGGGAGUAUAAAAACGACAAGUAAAAGGACGUCCCGAAAGUGGCACUCGCGCUGCGUGGGUGAAUGCAAAAUAUUGCUAACGUUAUGCCAUAAAAAAUCCAAGCUGCAUUCUCCUUCUGAAAUUUUCAAUUGAGAUUCGAAAACAUUUUUACAUUUCAAGUUUUAGAGAGCUUUUUAUUUAACCGACAGUUUUCUCUUCUCGUCGUGAAUGUAUGAUGCGAUCUGUGCGGAAGAUAUGUAGACAGAAAUAGAUGUUUAAAUUUUAAUAUCGAAUAAAGGCAAAUAAUAUAAAUAAAAGA